AUGGCGGACGUAGAUGAGGAUGUUAUUCUCGCCCCUUCUAAUGCCGCACCACCUCCCGAGGUCGACUUGUCUGAUGAGACACAGGAUUUUCGCUUCCUGAACAACCAGAAUUUCUAUGCCGAGUCAGCCCCCAACAUCCCGCGCCGCGGAGAGAAAGACUUCGAACCCAACCCGACAGAGCACCAAGCCGAUGUACUCUCCGCUUCACGAGAGGCCAUGCACAAUGCCCUCUCAUACCCCCGCAUCCAUACUCCCAAGAAUCGCGUCAUAGCUUUCUACGCACCGGAAGGAUAUGUCGCUCCAGCCGACCUUCAGACACCAAAAUCUGCCGCAGAAGAUGCAAAGAGCUCAGAAUCCACCCCGGGACCCGCGAGGCCUGCGCCAAGGUCUGCUAGGAUCUCCCCCGAUGCAUGCGUUUACGUGCCGAACCCGAAGGGCCAGCUAUUCAAGGCAAUGGGCCAAGCAGAUUCAAAGAGCCGUAUCUGGCUGCUCCCCGAGGAAGCCUUGUAUCUUAUCGAGAGAGGCAGUCUAGAUAUUAGAUGGCCUAGCCCGUCUGGGUCCGCUGCAAGCCCAGACCAGGAAGACCUCUCCAUCCCUAUGAGUCUACAGGCUGCAUAUGCAUGCUUCAUGGGUCGGGGUGGUCUGACACUUGAGAGAUACUCCGUUUACACUGGUCUCAAGCGUCUGGGCUAUACGCUCAUCCGAGCUCCUGGAUGGUGCGAUGACAUCAAGGAGGAGUCUGAUGCCCCAGAUGCUACUGAAACAGCACCAUCUAAGCUUCAUGGCCCCGGUCUGGCUGGUAUGCUUGCGUCACUGUUCAAAUGGAUCCAUGACCCUCAUUCGACGGCCUCUACGGCGACUGGCCCUAUCAUUGGCACUGGCAUUCAACGUCAUUAUAUGGAUGUAUACCGCAAGCUCGCUAUAAUCCCUUGGUAUGACCCAGUCACAGCGACCGAAAGACAUCCCCUAGACACCACCCCACCCUUCCGCGUUGUAUUCCACGUCUACAAGCCUUCGACCCCAUUUAAAAAGUCCGCGCCACCACCCCCAGAGUUCCGCAUCGCGGUUGUCAGCACACGAGAUCAAACCACCAUGCCCACACUGACGCAACUCGGCUUAUUGCUCGAAAGCACACCACUUGAUCCCCCACGCGGAGAGAAAAUGGACCGCAUGAUGUACAUGAGAUUGCGUCAUGGAUAUCGCAAUGUGAUCAUGGCUGUCGUCGACCAGGGUGUCGUAAGUUACUUGCGAGUGGCCGAUUCGGCGUUCGGGAAGGAGAAGCUCUAUGAGAAUAAGGGUGGUCCUCAGGGUUUCAAGCGGAACCGUAACCAAAAGUCGAGAAAGCGCUGA